CUGCAGGUGCAACAAGAUUUUGACAUGUAAACAAAUCUAGCUGGCAAGCUAGCUAGCUAACAGUAUUAUUUUUCUGAUUAGUGUAACGUUAGCAAAUUAGCUAAAUGUACUUAAACCAACAAGCAACCUUUCAUUGAAUGUAUUGCAAAUACGUAUGCUUAUUGCUCACUGCACAUCAGUUUGUCUAGUUAGCUAUCUAGCUAACGUAUGAAAAUGGUAAGUGUUUCUUGGCUUGUUAACGUUAAAUAGCUAACUAGAUAGCUAUUUAGCUACCAUUGCCAUUGGUUAUUCAUAUGCACAGCUGGCAAGAUUGCACGAAUGACAUGAUACAUUGUUAUAUAUAUAUAUAUAUAGCUAGCUAGGUAACAAAAAAACAUGGGACACUAUAGAGACUAGAGUUCUAAUGGCUUACCCAGAGAAAUACCUCGUUGGUUUGCGUUAUUUUGGAUAGCGUAGCAGGGCAAGCUAACCAACCACACAAUUUGCUAUGAUAAGGGUUAGCUACGGUUGUUUACCAUAUUGUUUUGAAUUGGAAUGAUGACCACAACGUAAUAAUGCCAUAUUUACCAAGGAAGGAUUUUAAAAAGUGAGGGAAAUAUAAUUUAUUGCAAACAAAUUUAAAUUAUAAAAGUUCACAAACUACAGAGAACAACACACACACAUAGCUAGUUAAUACAUCUAGCUAGCUACUAUGUAGCUAGCUAUGUCCAUGCUUGUAAUCAUGUUAUUACUUAACACAAGACAGUCAUUGACAUUGUAUCUCAAUGCAUAUUGGCAAAUGUUUGUUUUGUAUUGGGGCACAGAGUACAGUCAUUCUACUCAGGGUAUCUUGAGUAUAAUGACUUAAAGUGUAACUCCACCACGUUUCAACCUCAUUUUCAUUAUCUCCAGCACAAUAUCAGUGUCAACAUUUGUGAAAACGGCGCAUUUCUACGUUUUGUUGAAAGAUAUAUAAAGUUCAGAUGUUCUACCCGAUAUGACAUCUUCAAAAAGUAAGCAUUUCACUGUUAGUCUACAACUGUUGUUUACGAAGCAUGUAAAAAAUACAAUUUGAUUGAUUUGAAAAGUUAAAACAAGACAAAACUAUGAGAUUCGCGGAGAAGUCGGGAGCAAAAAAUACCCUCCCUUGGGAUAGAAACCCGUUGCAGUUUUAAAAAGCACAGUUUCUUACAUUUAAUCCUACCCUUUGAUAUCACAGAGAAGCAUUUUUUUUAGGACCUUUCUUCUUAUCAUUUUAACCACAGAUCAUAGAAACGCACUGUUUCACAUAUGUAGACACUGGUUUGGUGCUGGAGCUGAUGAAUGAGGUUGAAAAGUGCCGGAAUUGCCUUUUUAAUAUAAAUUGGAUAAGCUAAGCAUAGUGUUUUUCCCCUUUGCCAUGAGACAUCAGUGACUGGGUGCUGUAGAUGUCUCCUGUUCCAUGAAUCCCAUGAAUUAGCUAAUACCUCUCUCCCUGUUUCUUUGCCCAGAUAUACCACAUCCCCUGGAUAUAUUUGCCGGUGCGGACUGCCCUAGCAAUCUGGCACCAGCUGACAAAGUCUGAGGUCAGACAGCUCUCUGUUCCACUGUCGUCGCCUGCUCUCCUCUUUACCAAUGCCUAGUACAGUUAAUUCAUCAAAAUCCAUCUCUGCUAAGCAGUAACUGCAUGUAUUUUGUCUGACAGUUUCUCAUUUUGAUUUACAAUAUGCAUCAAAACUGUCCGAAUUCCCACACUAUUUGUAGUCUAUUAGAAUGCACUGUAUUUGGUGAUUUGGGUAUUAGUCCCGGGCCUGGUUUCCCGAUAGCGAUGGAAUUUAGGCUUAAAAGUGUUUUAACGAUGCAUCCUUCCUACCGAAGAUGUAACAUGCGUUUCCCAAAACACCACGCAGAGAGAACAAUCUUAGCGAUGCUUACCCUAUAAAAAUGCACUUAAUCACUGAUUUGGCACAUCAUUGCGCACAUGUUAGGCUACACAUCAUUACAUAUAUUGAGAUUACAGACAGUAGCCUACAAGUAGCUAAAUAUAACUCAAUUUAUUGAACAUGAAAUGUAUUAUGAUUGAAAUACGCCUAUAGCCUAGCAUAUUUAUUGUAUUGCAGUCAUCUAGGUUUUCAUUUGAAGCAUGUUUUAAUACGUCGCUUGUUUGUAUCAAUUGCAAAGACAUGGACAACUUCGUAUUUGUAGUCAACUUUGUUCUGAAGUUGGCGGCGGUCACAGAGACUCUAUGUUUAGUGGAGAUCUUCUGUGUAUGAAGUGGGAGGGCGACGCAUUUAGCUAUUCGACGAGUGGUCUGAGGCAGGCUUUAGAUUACAAGUGUUUUCAAGUGCAACGUUAAUAACGAUGGUUUUGGGAAAUGGCUUGGAGAUUUAACAAUGCUCCUACGAAGGUUCUAAAAAUGAAUUUAGCCUUAAGAUGCUUUUGGGAAACCGGGCCUUGGACGAGUCUAUAAUAAAUUAGCCUAAUAACUGCAAACUGUGUGGAUUUGGAAGAAUUGUAUCCUAUCCUCUCCUAUUUUGCUCUUCAAGUCAUCCUAGGCUGUGUAGUAGCUUUGUAAUGGUAAAAAUAGGUAUUCGUGUGAAGUCUACUAAUACUAACUUGGAAGAAAUAGGCUACAUUUUGAGAAAUGCUGGCUCUGUAGUUGACUAAUACAUUAAAUCAAUUAACUCAGCAUGCAUGAUAAAUAUGGUCUUAACGUGGUGGCGGGAGUAGGAUCUCAAAACAUAACUAACCACAGUGUUUUCAAGCAGGCCUAUGUGGAUUAGCGUUGUCCCCUAUUUUCUACAUUUGUCCCUUUGCGCCCCCUACAGUUUGAUAGCAACAAUAGCACGUGUGGGAUUUGUAUUAUUAUUUUGGAUUCAGACUAAAGAUUUUGCAGGUUUUCCUACUUACAAAGCAUGUAGAGGUCUGUAAUUUUUAUCAUAGGUACACUUCAAAAUCCAGAAAAUCACAUUGUAUGAUUUUUAAGUAAUUAAUUUGCAUUUUAUUGCAUGACAUAAGUAUUUGAUACAUCAGAAAAGCAGAACUUAAUAUUUGGUACAGAAACCUUUGUUUGCAAUUACAGAGAUCAUACGUUUCCUGUAGGUCUUGACCAGGUUUGCACACACUGCAGCAGGGAUUUUGGCCCACUCCUCCAUACAGACCUUCUCCAGAUCCUUCAGGUUUCAGGGUUGUCGCUGGGCAAUACAGACUUUCAGCUCCCUCCAAAGAUUUUCUAUUGGGUUCAGGUCUGGAGACUGGCUAGGCCACUCCAGGACCUUGAGAUGCUUCUUACGGAGCCACUCCUUAGUUGCCCUGGCUGUGUGUUUCGGGUCGUUGUCAUGCUGGAAGACCCAGCCACGACCCAUCUUCAAUGCUCUUACUGAGGGAAGGAGGUUGUUGGCCAAGAUCUCGCGAAACAUGGCCCCAUCCAUCCUCCCCUCAAUACGGUGCAGUCGUCCUGUCCCCUUUGCAGAAAAGCAUCCCCAAAGAAUGAUGUUUCCACCUCCAUGCUUCACGGUUGGGAUGGUGUUCUUGGGGUUGUACUCAUCCUUCUUCUUCCUCCAAACACGGCGAGUGGAGUUUAGACCAAAAAGCUCUAUUUUUGUCUCAUCAGACCACAUGACCUUCUCCCAUUCCUCCUCUGGAUCAUCCAGAUGGUCAUUGGCAAACUUCAGACAGGCCUGGACAUGCGCUGGCUUGAGCAGGGGGACCUUGCGUGCGCUGCAGGAUUUUAAUCCAUGACGGCGUAGUGUGUUACUAAUGGUUUUCUUUGAGACUGUGGUCCCAGCUCUCUUCAGGUCAUUGACCAGGUCCUGCCGUGUAGUUCUGGGCUGAUCCCUCACCUUCCUCAUGAUCAUUGAUGCCCCACGAGGUGAGAUCUUGCAUGGAGCCCCAGACCGAGGGUGAUUGACCAUCAUCUUGAACUUCUUCCAUUUUCUAAUAAUUGCGCCAACAGUUGUUGCCUUCUCACCAAGCUGCUUGCCUAUUGUCCUGUAGCCCAUCCCAGCCUUGUGCAGGUCUACAAUUUUAUCCCUGAUGUCCUUACACAGCUCUCUGGUCUUGGCCAUUGUGGAGAGGUUGGAGUCUGUUUGAUUGAGUGUGUGGACAGGUGUCUUUUAUACAGGUAACGAGUUCAAACAGGUGCAGUUAAUACAGGUAAUGAGUGGAGAACAGGAGGGCUUCUUAAAGAAAAACUAACAGGUCUGUGAGAGACGGAAUUCUUACUGGUUGGUAGGUGAUCAAAUACUUAUGUCAUGCAAUAGAAUGCAAAUGAAUUACUUAAAAAUCAUACAAUGUGAUUUUCUGGAUUUUUGUUUUAGAUUCCGUCUCUCACAGUUGAAGUGUACCUAUGAUAAAAAUUACAGACCUCUACAUGCUUUGUAAGUAGGAAAACCUGCAAAAUCGGCAGUGUAUCAAAUACUUGUUCUCCCCACUGUAUGUGUGAGAUUUCGGGAGGCUGAAAUAUGAGCUUAGAAUUCAGAAAUGGCCUCGUACAAUUUGUUUGCGAUUUUAUAGAACCACAUUAAUCUUAUUGUCCAUACUGAACAUAUUUCACUAAUCCAUUCAUUCAUUCCAAUUGAAUAGUGUUGAUUUGCCCUGUUGAUUUACUUCCGGCCAGUGAUUGAUUUACUUCCGGCCAGUUUGUUUUAAGCUUCAUCAUAGGAAUGUUUUGGUACUGUAGUAAAUGCAUUACUUGAUUAAUUAGCGGUGUAGAGCCUUGCAGUAUAAUCUACUAACUGUCCCACCCCCCCCCCCCCCGUCCCGUCCCCCCAUCCCCCCCGUCCCCUGCCCCCUUCCUUCCUCACCCCCCACCUGGAACGGUCCCCACUGGUACAGGUAUCCAUCACUAACGCCUGUCUUCUCCUUGUUCCUCAGAUCCCAGAGCUGGCUAAGGCCUCUGUGCUGAUAAGGGACCGCAGCAGAGUGGAGGAGACCAUCCAGGCCAUGCAACGAGCCGGGCCAGAUGCCCUCCAGGUAACCACUGGCCAGAAGUACUGUUUACAGGGUCAAAGGUCACCUAGACCGAGCCAAAAAAGCACACUACAAUAGCUCCCCACAAGAGUGUUUGUUUAUGUUUAUGAGUAGAAAUUUAGCAAACACUUCUGAGUACCAUCCGUGAUGAUGGUGGAGGGGUCGUACUCACACAAUAACAGAGGGGGCAGAAUACUGUGGCGCUGAUGGCACAGCAUAAUCAUAAUGGUCUGACUGCACAGAGGUGCCGGGGAAGAAGGGUGUCCACGGUGGACCAGUGUGUGUGUGUGUUGUGAGGAAGGGGGCUAUCCAAGCUCCAUCAGCCAGGACUAGACAUUGGCUUAUCAAGCCUUUCCAUCCCCGCUCAAUUUUGUCUAACCUCUACAACAAUAUACACAUUUACAUUGCAAGUCUACUCUUUGAGCUGGGCUCGGGGAUGGAACAGCUGUUCAAAUAAAAAAAAUGGUCACAUGCUUCGUAAACAACAGGUGUAGAUUAAAUGUGAAAUGCUUACUUACGAGCCCUCCCAACAAUGCAGAGAGAAAAAAAGAGAGUAAAAAAAAUAGACAAAUAAUAACAAGGAAUAAGUACACAUGAGUAAUGAUAACUUGGCUAUAUACACAGGGUACCAGUACCAAGUUGAUGUGCUGGGGUAGGAGGUAAUUGAGGUAGAUAUGUACAUAUAGGUAGGGAUAAAGUGACCAAGAAACGGGAUAGAUAAUAAACAGUAACAGCAGCGUAUGUGAUGAGUCAAAAGAGUUGCAAAAAGGGUCAAUGCAGAUAUUCCAGGUAGCUAUUCAAUAACUAUUUAACUAACUAUUUAGCAGUCUUAUAGCUUGGGGGUUAGAAGCUGUUCAGGGUCCUGUUGGUUCCAGACUUGGUGCAUCGGUACCGCUUGCCGUGCCGUAGCAGAGAGAACAGUUUAUGACUUGUGUGGCUGGAGUCUUUAACAAUUUUUAGGGCCUUCCUCUGACACCGCCUGGUAUAGAGGUCCUGGAUGGCAGGGAGCUCGGCCCCAGUGAUGUACUGGGUCAUACGUACUACCCUCUGUAGCGACUUGUGGUGGAAUGCCAAACAGUUGCCAUACUAAGUGGUGAUGCAGCCAGUCAAGAUGCUCUCAAUGGUGCAGCUGUAGAACUUUUUGAGGAUCUGAGGGCCCAUGACAAAUCUUUUCAGCCUCCUGAGGGGGAAGAGGCAUUGUCGUGCCCUCUUUGCGACUGUGUUGAUGUGUGUGGACCAUGAUAGUUCCUUAGUGAUGUGGACACCGAGGAACUUGAAGCUCUCCUGAACAACUGAGCUUGUGGUUGGUGUGUGUGUGUGUGUGUGUGUGUGUGUGUGUGUGUGUGUGUGUGUGUGUGGAAGGGGAAAGGUGGGUGGGGCGUGUGCUAUAGCCGUUGCUAUAGCGUAAUGAUGUUAGGGACCAUAUACAUGUAGGAUGGAAUCAUAGGAUGGAAUCACAAGCUGUAAUAAAAAAUAAAUAAUAUCUGCGUGCCUAAAUGUUGAUUUUUUUUUUCCUGCCAGUCCUUGUUAAAGAUAACAAUCCUUCAUAGGAAGUGCCUACAAUAUUACGCAUAUUAAUCAUCAAUUGUGGGAAGGAAUUAAUGUAGGCGGAUAAUCAAUCACCCAUUGAGUGAAUGCGCUUUUCAGAUCAGUUCAGGGUGCAGAGCCAUGGGUGCACACAUUUGUUGAUAUUCAUUGCUAGUUAGUGAGUUAUUAGCCCACUUAUAGGCCAGCAAUGGGGAGUUAUUGCUUCCUACAAGAACAGUCACCUAUUUGGCCCAUGGUGUUACAGACCAACUAAAAAGUCAUUAAUUAAUUUCAAGCCCUUCCUAUUGUAAAAACGUCUUUAAAAGUCUCAUGUAAUGCAGGCCUGCAUUGAACACCACAUAUAGGCUACUGUAGGAUAUAUCAUAGAAAUCAAAAGCUAUUUCCAUGUGAAAAUGUUAUGGGAUUUGCUCCAUUGGUUUUGUUGGUAGGCCUACAUUAUGCUCAAAUAGCCACAAUAGUCUAUUGGCUACUGUCUAAAACUGUAAGGGUACAGCCUCAGUGUUCACUGUAAAGGCGCGCCGGAAGUUGCACAAAAUUCUCACAACGUUCAAGUUUCCGCUCACAAGACCUCAAAUUUGCUCAGUGCCCCAAAAUUAGAGGGAACAUUGGUCCCAUCUCUCAAGGGCCCUAGGAUCCAUGUGUACGGGGGUGGUCUGCCAGUCACAGGGACGAGACCCCUACCUGGGAAGGGGGGCGUUUUUUUGCGGGAGGGAAAUUGGAGGACAACUGGAGGUCUCCUUAGAGCCAGUUGUAACUACAGUAUGUUUAGCAGGGCAUCUAUCAUGGUACAGCUUCGUGGAUUCUGGUGCUACUGGUAGGUAUGGAUAAGUACCUCAAAAUGGUGGCUAGGAUAGUGGUAAGUAUCUAAAAUAUAACCCAUCAUGGUAAUUGGUGAAUUGAGGAUAGCUAGCUAUAAUUCCAAUGGUUUAGCUGAUAAUAGGAAAAUAAGAGCAGUUUUUACAUAGUUAAAGGAAAAUGAUGACCAGAUUUAUUGAUUACAGGAAACUCAUUCAAUAUAUUCUGACGAAGUGGCCUGGGAAAAAGAGUGAGAUGGUCAAAUCUAUUUCUGUCACGGGCUAAAGAAUUCAAAAGGUGUUAUGUAGAAAUUCAUGUAGAGGUCUGUAAUAAAAAUUACAGACCUCUACAUGCUUUGUAAAUAGGAAAACCUGCAAAAUCGGCAGUGUAUCAAAUACUUGUUCUCCCCACUAUAAAUGACAAACUGUCGGACACACAAAAAGAGAGACUGAUCUCUCGACUACUGAAGCAGGAGCCAGGGGGGCAAUACAAAGACCCAGUCUCUAAAAAAAAAAAAUGGAGGCCUCCUCACCAUUUAAAUUGCUCAUAGAAUAAGAAAGGUCCUACAGGACAUUAUUCAUCACGAUCAGACGGGAUUCUUAAAAGGAAGAUAUAUGGGAGACAACAUUUGAUACCUACUAGAAAUAAUGGAAAACUAUUAGAAUGCAGGUAUAAUAUUUAUAGCAGAUUUUGAGAAAGCAUUUUAUACACUACGUCUAGAAUCUGUUUAUAAGUGCCUGGAUUUGAUCAACUUUGGAGAAUCUCUCAUAAGAUGGGUAAAAGUCAAGUACAACGAUCCUUUAUGUAAAAUAAGAAAUAACGGUUACUUCUCUGAGAACUUUGAAUUGUCAAGAGGUGUAAAAUAAGGUUGCCCUCUGUCGCCAUACCAAUUUUUUAUGGCCAUUGAACGGUUAUCUUUAAAAAUCAUAUCUAAUGAUAACAUUAAGUGGUAAAAAUGUAUGGAUUAGAGACAAAAGUAUCAAUGUACGCCCAAUGAUUCAAAUUCUUGAGUCCUCAAUCUUCAACAUUGAAAGGGCCUCAUUGAGGACCUGGAUAAUUUCUCCAGUUUCUCUAGACUAAAACCCAACUAUGAUAGUGUACUAUUAAUGGAUUGGGUCUCUAAAAGAUAGAAUUGCCAUGGGCGGAUGGUGAAGUCGAUGUGCUUGAUGUACAUAUCCCAGAAAAGUUGAGCGAUCUUGCAACUUAACUUUGAUAGAAAACUUAGCAAAAUAGAUAGAAUCUUGAAGCUAUGGAGAGGGAAACGCCUAUCCAUUUACGGGAACAUUACCCUGAUUAAUUCUCUAGUGAAAUCGCAGUUUACAUAUUUAUUCAUGUCUCUACCGACUCCAGGAGAAUCGUUUUUCAAAUCAUGCGGGAAUUUUUUUGGAAUGGCAAACCAGUUAAACAAGCAUAUUUAUAUAACAAACACGAGUUUGGAGGGUUAAAACUAUUAAUUAUUAAGGCAUUAAACCUCUCUCUUAAAGCGUUCAUUGUACUGAAAUGUUAUCUAAAUCCAAACUGGGGCCCAUCCUAUGUUUAAGAGUGGUGUCUGCCUUUUUGCAGAUUAAAAAGGUGGAUUCGGUGGAUUGACAAUGGAAAAGGCAGAUCUAAUUUUACAGCAAAUUACAGGGCCUUAGGAAAUAUUCAGACCCCUUGACUUUUUCCACAUUUUGUUAGGUUACAGCGUUAUUCUAAAACUGAUUAAAUUGUUUAGUUUUUUAUCCCUCAUCAGACUACACACAAUACCCCAUAAUGACAAAGCAAAAACAGGUUUUUAUACAUUUUUGCUAAUUUAUGAAAAAAGAAAACGGAAAUAUCACAAUUAGAUAAGUAAAUGACCCUUUACUCAGUACUUUGUUGAAGCGCCUUUGACAGCGAUUACAAUCUUCUUUGGUAUGACGCUACAAGCUUGGCACACCUGUAUUUGGGGAGUUUCUCCCAUUCUCUGCAGAUCCUCUCAAGCUCUGUCAGGUUGGAUGGGGAGCGUCGCUGCACAGCUUUUUUCAGGUCUCUCCAGAGAUGUUCGAUCCAGUUCAAGUCCGGCCUCUGGCUGGGCCACUCAAGGACAUUCAGAGACUUGUCCUGAAGCCACUCCUGCGUUGUCUUGGCUGUGUGCUUAGGGUUGUUGUCCAGUUAGAAGGUGAACCUUCGCCCCAGUCUGAGGUCCUGAGCACUCUGGAGCAGGUUUUCAUCAAGGAUCUCUCUGUACUUUGCUCUGUUCAUCUUUCCCUCGAUCCUGACUAGUCUCCCAGUCCAGGCGCUGACAAACAUCCCCACAGCAUGAUGCUGCCACCACCAUUCUUCACCGUAGGGAUGGUGCCAGGUUUCCUCCAGAUGUGAUGCUUGGCAUUCAGGCCAAAGAGUUCAAUCUUGAUUUAAUCAGACCAGAGAAUCUUGUUUCUCAUGGUCUGAGAGUCCAGGUGCCUUUCGGCAAACUCCAAGCGGGCUGUCAUGUGCCUUUUACUGAGGAGUGGCUUCCGUCUGGCCACUCUACCAUAAAGGCCUGAUUGGUGGAGUGCUGCAGAGAUGGUUGUCCUUCUGGAAGGUUCUCCGAGCUCUGUCAGAGUGACCAUCGGGUUCUUGGUCACCUCCCUGACCAAGGCCCUUCUCCCCCGACUGCUCAGUUUGGCCGGGCGGCCAGCUCUAGGAAGAGUCUUGGUGGUUACAAUCUUCUUCCAUUUAAGAAUGAUGGAGGCCAUUGUGUUCUUGGGGGACCUUCAAUGCUGAAGCAAUUUUUUGGUACCCUUUGUGCGUCGACACAAUCCUGUCUCGGGGUCUCUACGGACAAUUCCUUCGACCUCAUGGCUUGGUUUUUGCUCUGACAUGCACUGUCAAAUGUGGGACCUUAUAUAGACAGGUGUGUGCCUUUCCAAAUCAUGUCCAAUCAAUUGAAUUUACCACAGGUGGACUCCAAUCAAGUUGUAGAAACAUCUCAAGGAUGAUCAAUGGAAACAGGAUGCACCUGAGCUCAAUUUCGAGUCUCAUAGCAAAGGGUCUGAAUACUUAUGUAAAUAAGGUGUCUGUUUUUUUAUUUUUAAUAAUUUGCAAAAACCUGUUUUCGCUUUGUCAUUAUGGGGUAUUAUGUGUAGAUUGCUGAGAAAAUGUUUUGAUUUAAUCAAUUUUAGAAUAAGGCUGUAACGUAACAAAAUGUGGAAAAGGUCAAGGGGUCUAAAUACUUUCCGAAGGCACUGUAAAUGGCUAAACUCCAAUGCACUGACAGAAAGAGAAAAAAAAGGCACAAAAUUCCAAGAAGGAUAUAAUAUUUAUGAAGGAUAUUGUAAACAAGGACGGUAAAGUUAUGUCACACAAGCAACUAACAACAGUGUAUGGAGGUGUAUGCCCAAUGCAAAAUUAUAACCAACUCAUAGCGGCUCUGACACAAAAUUGGAAGAGACAAUUACUUAAAGAAGAAACUAAAUAAUUAGUCUGUUUGCCACCCAUUAAAAAUCAUAAAUGGCUUAAAAUGAUUAGUCUAAAUAAAAAAUUGUAUCAGUUCCACUUAAAGUCAAAAGGUUUGACAGCAAUACUGUAUAACAUUCAAGUCAGUUGGGAACAGGUCUUUGAUGUCCCAAUACCAUGGCAACUGAUAUAUAAAACAACAAUUGACACAUCAAUCAAUUAGUUUCAAUUUAAGCUAUUAUAUACAAUUCUUGCUACACAAAGAAUGCUCAAUAUAUGGGGCAUUUAACAGUCAGCCUAGUGCAGACUCUGCCACAAGGAAAAGGAAUCAAUAGAGCAUCUUUUCUGGUAUUGUCCUUCGGUCAUUCGCUUAAGGAAUCAGGUCCAGGAAUGGUUAUGUCAUAAUAUCAGAGUUCAGAUGGACCUGGAAACUGUAUUGAUAGGGGAUCUGAAAAACCACGAUCAGUCAAUGGGAAAUAUCAUUAUACUCUUGGGUAAAGUAUAUUUUUUUAGGGCAACAUCAGUAGAAAUGUUACAAAUAGUGAGGUUCAGGACCCUCGUAAGACAUCAUAGUAAAAUUGAGGGAUGUAUUGCAAAAGGAAAUAGCAAAAUGGCAUUAUACUGGGAAAUAUGGGUUAAUGAAUAGUGGAUUGGCUGCUGUGGGAGAAAAUCCAGCACAUGUGAAAAUAGCUGUAAGUAGAAGUAUUGUUGUCCGUUAGUUUACUCCAAUCAGGGGAGGGAUGGUAGGGUGGGGGGUAUGAAUAAAAUAAGGGGGAUUAUACAUUUAGCAAACAAUUCAAUUGAUAGAACCCACAAUCUAUCUGCAAUAUUAAAGCUGAUCUAUAAUAAUAAUAAUUCAGUUAAUGUGAUGUGUAUGAGUGGAAAGAGCUAUCUUCUUAGCAAUGCCUGGUCUCUACAGGUGAUCUCGGACUUUGACAUGACCCUCAGCAGAUUUGCCCACAACGGGAAGAGGUGCCCCACCACUCACAGUGAGUACACAGGUCCCCAUCACCAAGACUUGGGUCGUGUUCAUUAGGCACCAAGGGAAGAAAACAGACAGCCCUGGAUUUGUCCAAUAAGAAACUCAUUUUCAUUUUUCCUUACAAAACGUUUUCUGUUGUGUGACGUAAUGAACACUACCCUGGAUCAUUAUAACAAGCGAUUGCGAAAGUAGUUAUUUUGAAGUGCAAGAGAUAUUGUCCCUCAUCAUUUUCUUUCCGCCGUUUAAGAUAUCCUGGAUAACGACUUGCUCAUCAAUGACGCCUCUAAGAAAAUGGUGAGUACAAUCACACAACCAGGAGAGGACUAGAGAAAGUUAUGUGUUCCUCUGAUGAGACAGUAGGAAAAAGCAUGAAGUAAAUUCUCUAUUGAGAUAUUAUGUUGUGUGUAUGUUGUCUCUCUCACACGUUUAUUCCCUUCUAUGUAGAUUAGGGAGUUGUUGAAUACCUACUACCCCAUUGAGAUCGAUGCAACUCGCACCGUCGAGGAGAAGCUUCCUCACAUGGUGGAGUGGUGAGUGGCUGACAGAAUCCACCUCGCACUACACCUAAACAUAUUCAGCCUCUUUUUCUGCUUUCAUGCUAAAAAGUGUUCAUUUUUAAUAACAGAGAGAUGUCUACAGUACAGUUGAAUCUAAUUUCCAUUUUUUAUGUGUAUGUUAGUUCGCUAAGUGGUCGUUUAAGUGGCACACUAACGCAGUGUCCUGGGCUUUUCAUUGCAGGUGGACCAGUGUCCAUGAGCUACUGAUCCAACAGAAGAUCAGGAGGGACCUGCUGGCUCAGGCAGUGAAGCAGUCCAGUGCCAUGCUCAGGUCAGAUCACUGUAGGACUCUACUCUACUACCACAUAUCUACAACACAAAAUCCAUGUGUACAUGUGUGUAUAGUGCGUAUGUUAUGAUGUGUGUAUGCGUGUGCCUGCGUGUGUCUCUUCACAGUCCCCGCUGUUCCAUAAAGUGUAUUUUUAUCUGUUUUUUAAAUCUAAUUUUACUGCUUGCUGAGGAGUAUUUCUGUCUGUAAUAAAGCCCUUUAGUGGGGAAAAACUCAUUCUGAUUGGCUGGGCCUGGCUCCCCAGUGGGUGGGCCUGGCUCCAAAGUGGGUGGGCCUAUGCCCUCCCAGGCCCACCCAUGGCUGCGCCCCUGCCCAGUCGUGAAAUCUAUAGAUUAGGACCUAAUUUAUUUAUUUCAAUUGACUGAUUUCCUUAUAUGAACUGUAACUCACCAAAAUCUUUGAAAUUUUCCUGAAUCCCUCUUUGUGGCACCAGACCACACGACUGGACAGUAGUCCAGGUGCGACAAAACUAGGGCCUUGUAGGAGCUGCCUUGUUGAUAGCGUUGUUAAGAAGGCAGAGCAGCGCUUCAUUAUGGACAGACCUCACUCCAUCUUAGCUACUGUUGCAUCAAUGUGUUUUGACCAUGACACUUUACAAUCCAGGGUUACUCCAAGCAGUUUAGUCUCCUGAACUUGCUCAAUUUCAACAUUAUUCGUUACAAGAUUUAGUUGAGGUUUAGGGUUUAGUGAAUGAUUUGUCCCAAAUACAAUGCUUUUAGUUUUUGAAAUAUUUAGGACUAACUUAUUUCCUGCCGCCCAUUCUGAAACUCACUGUAGCUCUUAAGUGUUGCGGUGAUUUCACAUGCUGUGGUAGCUGACUCAGAGCCAGUGGCAGGUCAUUAGUAAAGAUUGAAAAAAAGUAAGGGGCCUAGACAGCUGCCCUGGGGAAUGCCUGACUCAUGUUGGUGAGGCUUCCAUUAAAGAACACCCUCUGUGUUCUGUUAGACAGGUAACUCUUGAUCCACAACACAUACGUUUUUCCAGCAGCAGACUAUGAUCGAUAAUGUCAAAAGCUGCACUGAAGUCUGCUCCCCCAAUCCUAACCUUACCCAUUAGUAGGGAAAAUGCAAAACUGACCCAAUGUCAGCGUCAAGGGGCAACUUCACCCUACUCCCAACACACCCACACUAUGCUCAGUAUUAAAAGCGAUAGUUCACUAUUUUGAAGUUUAAAGAGCGACUGCCUUUAAAAAUCAACAAAUCCCUUUGAAAAUAGCCUAUAUAAGUCAAAAACAGUUUUUAUAGUGUCAGAAUUGACUACAAAGUGUAAAUAGGAUAAUUUUGGUCAUAAAGUCAGUCUUGUCUGAAACAGAUUUUGGAACAGCCGUGUGUCACAACGGGUUAAUGAAGGUUGGGUUUUGAUUUGACGAUGUCCAUUUGCCCACUAACAUGGGGUGAACAGCUGCGGUGAUUGCUCCAAUACAUAGACAGUGAGACAGACCUGCCCAGUAGUUUCAACUUUGUUUACAUAAUCACAAAAACAUUUACUUGAGAAAUACUGCACCAAACACGUUAUUUAGUUGUAAAAUAGUGCAACAAAAAAAAACUAAAACAUCUGCAUGAAAAAUUUCAAAACUAAUUACAGAUUUCUUGAGUCAUCUUAGAUUCAUUCUGGGGAUUUUGAGGAAGUGAAAUAUGCUGCCCCGUCAACAGUGUCUCAUGGGGGACAAACAUCAUUAACCAAACACGGAAUCGGUCAGGAAAUACCUAUUUUGUUGCAUUACAACCUGUAAUUUAAAUGGAUUUUUAUUUGGAUUUCAUGUAAUGGACAUACACAAAAUAGUGAAAUGAAAAAAAUAACUAAAAAUUCUCUAAAAUAAAUAACGGAAAAGUGGUGCGUGCAUAUGUAUUCACCCCCUUUGCUAUGAAGCCCCUAAAUAAGAUCUGGUGCAACCUAUUACCUUCAGAAGUCUAAGUGACACAUGAUCAAUCUAAGUGACACAUGAUCUCAGUAUAUAUACACCUGAUCUGAAAGGCCCCAGAGUCUGCAACACCACUAAGCAAGGGGCACCACCAAGCAAGCGGCACCAUGAAGACCAAGGAGCUCUCCAAACAGGUCAGGGACAAAGUUGGGGAGAAGUACAGAUCAGGGUUGGGUUAUAAAAAAAUAUCAAAGUUUGAACAUCCCACGGAGCACCAUUAAAUCCAUUAUUAAAAAAUGGAAAGAAUAUGGCACCACAACAAACCUGCCAAGAGAGGGCCGCCCACCAAAACUCACGGACCAGGCAACGAGGGCAUUAAUCAGAGAGGCAACAAAGAGACCAAAGAUAACCCUGAAGGAGCUGCAAAGCUCCACAGCGGAGAUUGGAGUAUCUGUCCAUUAGACCACUUUAAGCCGUACACUCCACAGAGCUGACUUUAUGGAAGAGUGGCCAGAAAAAAGCCUUUGCUUAAAGAACAAAAUAAGCAAACAUGUUUGGUGUUCGCCAAAAGGCAUGUGGGAGACUCCCCAAACAUAUGGAAGAAGGUACUCUGGUCAGAUGAGACUAAAAUUGAGCUUUUUGGCCAUCAAGGAAAACGCUAUGUCUGGCGCAAACCCAACACCUCUCAUCACCCGAGAACACCAUCCCCACAGUGAAGCAUGGUGUUGCCAGCAUCAUGCUGUGGGGAUGUUUUUCAUCGGCAGGGACUGGGAAACUGGGCAGAAUUGAAGGAAUGGGGGGGGGGGGGGGGGGGGGGGGGGGGGUGAAUAGUUAUGCACGCUCAAGUUUUUGUUUUUUUUGUCUUCAAAGUGGUAUGCAUGUUGUGUAAAAUCAAAUGAUACAAACCCCCCAAAAAAUCCAUUUUAAUUCCAGGUUGUAAGGCAACAAAAUAGGACAAAUGGCAAUACUUUCGCAUGCCACUGUACUUUCGCAAGCCACUUUACAAGACUGAAAUCUAGUUUUUCUAAUGAGCAACAGAAAAACACACGUGCAAAUCAGUGUGUUCAGUGGCUCUUUAACCUUAUAUUCCAUUCACCUAGGGUGGUGUAGUCCCGUGUAGCUCAGUUGGUAGAGCAUGGCGCUUGCAACGCCAGGGUUGUGGGUUCGAUUCCCACGGGGGACCAGUAUGAAAAUGUAUGCACUCACUAACUGUAAGUCGCUCUGGAAAAGAGCAUCUGCUAAAUGACUAAAAUGUGGUGUUGAUUGAUUUAAGUCAAUUAGCUGGUUAUUUAGCUGGAUCCAACAUCUCUAUGUUAGCAUUUGUAGUGCUACUAGAAAUGCUAGUGGAAACGGAUUAUCUUUAUUGGUUACAGGACGAUAAGAAUAGAAAGAGGGAUACUGAUGAAGAGGAGAAUUAGCAAUGUUGAUGAUAUUUCCCCCUCCCUGUCUCUGUAGGGAGGGCUACAAGGUGUUCUUCGAUAGGCUGCAGGAGCAGCAGGUUCCUCUGUUGAUCUUCUCGGCCGGCUUGGGGGACAUCCUGGAGGAAGUGAUCAGACAGAACCACGUCUUCCACCCCAACGUCCACGUCAUCUCCAACUACAUGGACUUUGACCAGAGCGUACGUUUCUUUCUUUACUGUUUGGUUAAUUUUGACAUUUCAAACCAGUCUAAUUAUGUGUAGUAUGAUGUGUGCCUAAUGCAGCGUUUCCCAAACUUGGUCCUGGGGACCCCAAGGGGGGGAACGUUUUGGAUGUUGCCCUAGCACUACACAGCUGAUUCAAAUAAUGAACUUGUCAAGCUUUGAUUAUUUGAAUCAGCUGUGUAGUGCUAGGGCAACAUCCAAAACGUUCCCCCCCUUGGGGUCCCCAGGACCAAGUUUGGGAAACGCUGCAUUAGGCACACAUCAUACUACACAUAAUUAGACUGGUUUGAAAUGUCAAAAUGUGCAACCCUUGGGGUCCCCAGGACCGAUUUUGGGAAACACUGGCCUAAUGCCUAUGGAACUGCUAAAGUGAUAGUUCCCUCACAUUAUAAAAUUACAUAUUGGUGUCCUGAUAGCAGUCUAUGGACAGGGACAUACAGCAAUCCACACUUUGGUUUUGUUUACCUGACCACUUUCACCUGAUCACUUCCUGCAGGGUGUACUGCGGGCAUUCAAAGGCCAGUUGAUCCACACGUUCAACAAGCGAGAGGGCGCUCUGCUCCACGCGGCCCACUUCAGGGAGCUCCAGGAGCGGCCCAACGUGCUGCUGCUAGGGGACUCUCUUGGAGACCUCACCAUGGCCGACGGGGUGGUCCACACUCAGCACACCCUCACCAUAGGCUUCCUCAAUGACCAGGUGGGUGUUGAGGGGUGCUGUAUUUGUCUUUAUAUUGCCUUUUGCAAACCUGGAAGUGGUGAAGAUUUAAAGGAAAGGGAGUCCGUUUUGUAUAGGAACUUUGAAAGGACAUACAGUUGACUUCCGAUAAUUGUACAUUACCCACACACCCACUUAAAAGCCAGAAGUACACUUACUUGCACUAAACUUCAUGAAAUAUUCCUUCAAUCUGUUAGUGCUGCUCACCUGUAUUCCUAACCGUGUAUGUAAGGUGUUGAAACCCUGUUUUAGCUGGAUAUUAGGGUGGCAGGUAGCCUAGCGGUUAAGAGCAUUGGGCCAGUAAACGAAAGGUCGCUGGUUUGAAUUCCUAAACCGACUAGAUGAAAAAUCUGUCGAUGUGCCCUUGAGCAAGGCACUUAACCCUAAUUGCUCCUGUAAGUCGCUCUGGAUAAGACUAUAAUGUAAAAAUGUACUGACUGGGCCUGGCUGCUGUUCCGUUUGGUCAGGUGGAGGAGAGGAAAGAGUCUUACGUCAACUCAUACGACAUCGUCCUGGUCAAGGACGAAAGCAUGGACGUCCCCAACGCAAUCCUCAACUACAUCACCACUGCGCCGGCUAAGUGA